AAACAAUUAGAACAUCGUCACGUGGUUCCUCUCUUUCUCUGUGAGCAGCUAGCUAAGGGAGCCGAACCUGGGAAACACCGCGUAUCUUCUUGGAAAUAUAAUGAAUCAUUUAUUUACAUUAAUUAGAACCCUAUCAUCAUUUUAGUACACUACUGAGAACACCACAGCAUUCUGAGAUUUCCGGAUAUCUUUAAAACAAUGGCACUGGUGAGAUGUCUGCCUGUGGCCAUGCUAUCAUUUUUGUUCAUGGUGUGCAAAGGACGCUAUCACAGCGAUACUGACCUUGAGUGCAAUAAUGUAGCUGGCCCUGAGGUGAUCCAAGUUAUUGACACUCAAGCAGCAGAGCACAUGCAAAAACAUCACCUGGAGAUCCUCUUUAACCGAUAUGGGGAGAACGGCAGCAUAUCCAUUGAAGGGUUGAAAAAGCUUCUGGAGAGCAUAGGAUUGGACAGGAUCAAAAAGGUGCCAGUUCGGGAUGGGCACUUUGAGAUCGAGCAUGAGGAUCAUCAUCAGCGAGGUCAUAACCACCAUCCGCACCACCACCCACACCUCCAUCACCACCCCUACCAGCACAAAAUACCGGCCAGCAAAAAAGCUGCCGAGACCCCCAAAAUUAUAAGGAACAACUUAACAGUAAGCAAGAAAACUGAAGAUUCCAACAGCCACCACAAACUUUAUGCCAAGAAAGUGAUUCAUGAAAUCAGCACCACCCCUAUGUACACAACCAACAUUUUGUUGAAGUCCAGUGAGAUGCGGAAUAGAAGAAGCGUAGACCAUCCCAGCGAUGCAGCAGGGCUUCCCACAACUGCUGGGACCGGCUUUGCCAAACGUGAUGUCCUGGAGACCACAAAGCUUAGUCCAGUCAGCAAUUUGUUAGUUCCAGGGGAACACGGUGAGCCUGCUGAAAGUGGAAAAGAGGAGUACAUGCAUACAGAUGAUCAUGAUAACUAUGAGCAUCUUGAACACAAGUGUUUAAAUGCCUCUAGAAUACUGUCAUCUCAUGGGAUGAAUAUGGAAGUAGUUCUUACAUAUGUGGAGUUCAGUUACCUCUGCCCAGCACUUCUAAACCAGAUUGACAGCAAAUCCUGCAUACAACACACAGCUUAUCUCAAGAAACCAGAUGGUCAUUCACAUGAUGAUCACGAAGCUGAUCACACAAAUUCAGACAAUUCUCAAAAAGCUCAUUCAAUUGAAGCAGCUUGGAUUGGAGGCUUUGUGUCGAUCACAAUUAUAAGCCUGUUGUCGCUUCUGGGAGUGAUUUUGAUCCCUCUGAUAAACCGGGUAUUUUUCAAAUUCCUUCUAAGUUUCUUGGUGGCGCUGGCAGUGGGAACUUUGAGUGGAGAUGCUUUCCUGCAUCUUAUUCCUCAUUCGCAAGGAUCACAUAAUCACAACCACAGCGCUGACCCAGGGAAUGACCGUGAUCAUCACCACCACCACCAUGCUGAGGGAGGAGGAGAGGAGGGGGAUCUCGACUCUGUGUGGAAAGGCCUAACUGCCCUUGGAGGGGUCUACUUCAUGUUCCUAAUAGAGCAUUUCAUCACAUUAGGAAAGAUGUAUAAGGACAAGAAACAGAAGAAUCAGAAGAAAUUGGAUCACAUUGAAGAGAGUCUUGAUGUUGAUGACAAGCAGCCCUCUAAAGAAGAGAGUCAAAAUAUAAAACAAAACGAUGAUCUAGAGGGUAAAACAGAGAGCAAUAUGAAGGACCAGUCCCAAUUCGCCCCUCAGCAGCCACCAGAUACCCCAGAAGAGGAGGAGGUGAUGCUGGCCCCUGCGCUAUCCCAGGACGGCUAUAACGAGUACACAGCCCAAGGCUGUGAGAACAAGUGCCACUCUCACUUCCACGACACCAUUGGCCAGGCAGACGAUCUGCAUCAUCACCACCACGAUUAUCACCACAUCCUGCACCACCACCAUUCCCAAAACCACCACCCCCACAGCCACAGCCACCACUACUCCCGGGAGCAGUUCAAAGGGGCAGGCAUAGCCACCCUGGCCUGGAUGGUGAUCAUGGGGGAUGGGCUUCACAAUUUCAGUGACGGCCUGGCCAUAGGGGCUGCUUUCACAGAAGGGAUAUCAAGUGGACUGAGCACUUCUGUUGCUGUUUUCUGUCAUGAGUUGCCUCAUGAGCUGGGGGAUUUUGCUGUACUCCUUAAAGCUGGCAUGACGGUAAAGCAGGCCAUUCUGUACAACAUGCUUUCAGCAAUGAUGGCAUACCUGGGCAUGAUAACUGGGAUACUCAUCGGCCAUUAUGCUGAAAAUAUAUCUAUGUGGAUAUUUGCCUUAACAGCUGGGUUGUUUAUGUAUGUUGCUCUGGUGGAUAUGGUGCCUGAAAUGCUGCACAAUGAUGCUGGCGAUCAUGGCUUCAGCCACUGUGGCUACUUCCUGUUGCAGAAUGCUGGAAUUCUACUGGGGUUCAGCAUCAUGCUUGUCAUUGCCAUAUUUGAAGACAAAAUUUUGUUGGACAUUAAACUGUGAUGCAGUAUAUUUAGCAUUGUUACUCCAAAGUCAUUGUUACAUAAGCCAACAGUAAAACUUCUGAUGCUUAGAUUUAUUUCUACCUUGAAUGCCUUUACUUAUAAGGGAGUUGUGUGUUGCUAACUCUAAAGCGACUUUUAUUUUCGUAUUGUUAUGAAUGCUGCCUAUUACAGAACAGGCUGCAGUGUUCAUAUUACAUUCUGUACUGUAUUAUAAUGAAAUUUUCGCUUUGCUUUAAAUGUUUGCUGGUAGUGGUAAUGUAUUAGUUGAUGCUCACCAAUAGACUUUUGAUAGGAAAUUUGUUUUGUCUCUUAUCAAUGGAAUCACAACUAUUUACAUAAUUUUCAGACUCUUAAAGAGAGAAUUAGUGGGGUUCCCAAAAAUGUAGCAUUAUGCGUCCCCACGUUUUACUACAACUGUUUAAAUAAUGUACCUGUAUUUUUUAUUUUUAUUGUUAACAAUCUGACAACCUUUUACAUUUCUAAAGUCUGUUUCAAAGCUCUUUUCAAAAUGGCCACUCUAGUGCACUGAAAGUGUAAGGAUUAUUGCCCACAUUGUCAAAUAGGUAACAUAGCAAUACCGAUCCAUGAUGUGGUAUGGAACAGAAAAGCCAGAGCACUUGUUGAUGUUUUAAGUUUUUGUAAAAUAAUUAAUUGCUCUUCCUGCAGUGAUUUAGAGCAGUGGUGUGCACUUUUGAUAGCAUACAUUUCAGAUUUAAUGUAAAUUACGUAUUUUUCCUAGAUUUAACCACAAAAAGUCCAAUAUUCCAUGAGUAAUGCGGUUUGCUCAGAAUUUCCUCUGUGGUCCGGUAGUCUUCAGGCUUCAGUAUCCUAGCGAUGGACGGUGUUGCGUUGUGGGCAUUUCCAAUAGCCUAAAUAAUAAAUCAGCACAAAAAAUAAAUAUUCUACUUACUUCAGUACAGGUACCUCAUACACAAAAGUGAACAUGGUUUGUUUAAACAUGUAUAGAAUAAAAGUAUCAACCACUUGUUAUUUUUUAAUUAGGAGUGCAGUACAUUUUUGAAGUUUAAGCAGUGGGGCGGCUCCUUGGGGUAGGCAAGGGAGGCACUGCCGCCUCGAAAAAUUUAAGCAAUAAAUAAAUUAAAAUUCACAUACUGAGUGAUCACAUACAUUUACUUUUAUUUACAUAAAUAUUACUUAUUUUGCACGCAAGGUGCUCCACGAACGCGGUUGAGAGCAAUAUCAGUUGAUGGAAAUCUGUCUUCUCUGUGCGUACUGCUUCUCAGACAGUCACUGGAGAAGCGGAUGACAAGGGAGAUUUUGCCUACUCCUGAAGAGUGAUUAGCCAAUCAUAUUCAUCCUACUUUCAUCUCGCAAUAUCACACACAUUAAAAAACACAGCAAAAGGAGGCAGGAGGCGGGUCUCCUUCCGCUGUGCCUGCCAAUCAUUGGUCUCACUCUGCCUGAACUCCAGCGUGCGUUGAUUGUGUGGAGGGCGGCAGUAGAGAGAACGAGAAGUGAACGAUGAUACUGGUAACUCUUAUUUUCUUUUUUUUGUAAUAAGUUAAAACAAAAAAAAAACAUAACCAAACAUACAGACACGUACAGUGCUUUAUUUCAGAUGUUCAACACGUGGUUUUCUGCCAUAAUUUAAAGUCUGAUAGAUAAUGCCAUGGUGUUAUUUAUGACGAGUAAGUUUGUUGGUUGGCAGUGAAUUAGACUGAUUUUUUUUUUUUUUUUAUCAUAAUUGUCCUCUUGGGGAUUUUUUAAAAAUAUAAUAGGCAUAGUACUCUCUGCUUAUUAUUAUUAUUAUUAUUAUUAUUAUUAUUAUUAUUAUUAUUAUUAUUAUUAUUAUUAUAUGGUGUUGGUAUUAUUGUCUGGUUUCAUGAUUGCAUAUUCAGUUAUUAGCACGUUGCUUUGUUGGUGUAUUGUAUAGUAAACAAUCAGAAGUGUUUAGGUAAAUUGCAGCAUUUGUAUUGAAUUGCAUCUUUUCAAAUGUAAUAGCGAAAAAGUCGGACCAGCUGCCAAUAUUUUAUGCCUCCCCAAUUUUUGGGACCACCAGCCACUACUGAGUUUCAGUAUUUAAGUAACAGUUCGGUGCUGAAAUUUGUAAGAUUGAAUGUAUAGGACAUCCAUUUUACCUAUUUGAACAUCACAAAUCCUGGAAUAUUCAAAACAUUCUUAUUUCAAGUUGAAAAAGAAAAUCUGCUUCAUUCAGAAAUCCUUAUUUGAAAAAAGGAAAAGUUAAAUUUGAAUCUUAGUUUACUGUAACUGUGUCUUCCUUGAAUCAUUUUAAUUGUCAUCUAACGUCAGUUGCUUUAGUUUAAGAAAAUUCAAUUGACCAAAAAGACACAAGUCCAGGACAGAAGUUCAGCUUUAUUCAGAAAUCCUUAUUUAAAAAACAAAAAAAUAAUAGUUAAAUUUUAAUGUUAGUUUAAAUGCGUCAUGCAGAAGUAUAGGGCCCUUCGAUAGAACCAACUUAAUUUCUGUGGGGGUUCCCCACUGAUGCUGGAAAUGAAAGUGAGGCCGGGAACCCAUUGAUAUGAAAAAUAGUGAAUUCUGGCCAACUCAGAUAUUUUGGAUGGAAACGAUACCUAAUAAAAUAGCCCUUUGUGAUCAA